CUAUACCAUUAAGCAUUGCCUAGGACCAUACUCUGGUCCCGGAUAUCUACUCGCGGAUAUCGCGACCUACCCAUGUCUACUACCUCCUACAGAACGCAUGCCAGAUACUAUUCCAAAUGGCGUCUCUUAUUACACCACCACCAAUGAACACAACGGACCAAAUCUACUUCGAAACGAGUUGGGCGAUACUAAGCACCAUUGGAUUAAUGAAUGUAUUAUACGGAAGUCUCGUGGUUGGAAUAACAAACAUUUCGCCUAUCACUGUUGUUCCUAUUAUUGUAUCGAUAGCCUGCGCAGUUGCAAAUGGAAUGUGUUACUAUUCAUUCUAUGGUGACUAUCAGCGAAUACCAAGCCUUGCGGCUGGAAUAGUUGCAGAUGUGAUGUGGUUGAUCCAAGAGGCUGGGUUGUCUUUUUACAGUUACCAAAUACUAGAUAAAAUAUUACAACAUCGCGACAGAAGAGUUUUUCUGGCAUGCUUUUGGUCUAUUAUGGCUGCCAUUGUGCUCAUUCGAGCGAGUAUCUUGGUAACUCGUGCACUCGACAACUUUCACAAGUCCUCAUCGAUGCAAAAACUUACCAGCGAUUUACACAUUGGAUAUUUCAUUGCUAUCGCUCUUGUGGAGUGCGUCAGCUCAGUAUUCUUGCUGCGUGUAUUUGCUGCUGCGAAAGAAUCUGCCGUGGCCUUCACUUCGGCAACAAGCCUAUUCCGUCAUUUGACUCGCAGUACUGAAAUUAGGCUUGCCUCUUUGUCUUUGAUUGGCCUUACGAGGGCUGUCACGUACAGCUUCCAAAAUUCGGCACAGAAAGCUACCAGUGUUGCGAGCCAGGUCGACAGAUUUGUAUACACUCUUGAAUGUCUAUUUCCUGUGCUGCUUAUGAUUGAUAUAUUGGGUUCAAGGCUUGUUGCAGCAGAGCAAACGUUUGAAACCUUCCCAACUCAAGACAGUCGACAGAUCGCCAGAAGACAACACGGCAGUGCCGAAGACAACACCUCAGUACCGAACAGCGAUAACACCAAAGCACUGACUUCGCAGUCAUUUUUCGAAAGACGCAAGCUGAGUAGUAGUAGCAAUUCCUCCAAGGUACCGUUGCAUAUUCUAUCAAGCGUUAAGAGAGUCAGAACUGCCAAUAGCCAAGCGAGUGGUUCACAAGAGCAGUGCCCAGAUAUUCUGCAAAGACCAAAGAAUAUUGGUAUUGCGGUUAGUGUGAAUAGACCUGCUGAGUUUGAGGACAUCGAGAUCCAUGAGUGGAAGUAAAUUGAAAAGGUCAACCAUACGUGUAUAAUAAACGGCACGGGUAUAUAUAUUGGCUUAUACUAAAUGUGUAUUUAUUGAUCACUCCAGUAUUAAAAGGCGCCCGGAAUAAAACCC